UUUUUGUUUCAGGAAUCUGAAACAUCUGGACUGCCUGAGUAUGUGAAGAUAGUAGAAGUUGGGCCAAGAGAUGGCUUGCAAAAUGAAAAGGUCAUAGUCCCAACUGAUAUCAAAAUUGAGUUAAUCAACAGGCUUUCCAAAACAGGCCUGCCUGCAAUAGAAGUGACCAGUUUUGUUUCAUCCAAAUGGGUGCCUCAGAUGGCAGAUCACAAAGAAGUAAUGAGAGGCAUUGAGCGGCAUCCUGGAGUCCAGUAUCCUGUUCUCACACCUAAUCUUCAAGGUUUUCAUUCUGCUAUUGCAGCAGGAGCUACAGAAGUCUCAGUAUUUGGUGCAGCAUCUGAAUCUUUUAGCAAAAUGAAUAUUAAUUGUUCAAUUGAAGAAAGCAUAGACAAAUUUGCAGAAGUUGCUAAUAAGGAUUCUUAAGUGGAACUUCCUGUGGUUCAGUAUGUGUCAUGUGCACUGGGAUGCCCAUAUGAAGGAAACAUCACACCAGCUAAAGUGGCCGAAGUAUCUAAACGGCUGUACAGUAUGGGCUGUUAUGAAAUAUCUUUGGGGGACACAAUUGGUGUGGGGACUCCUGGAAGUAUGAAAAGGAUGUUGGAAGCUGUUAUGAAAGAAAUUCCUCUGAAUGCUCUUGCUGUUCACUGUCAUGACACGUAUGGCCAGGCGUUAGCCAAUAUCCUCACAGCCAUACAGAUGGGAGUUGCUGUUGUGGAUUCAUCUGUUGCAGGACUGGGUGGUUGUCCCUAUGCAAAAGGUGCUACUGGAAACGUGGCCACAGAGGAUGUGAUAUACAUGCUUAAUGGUUUGGGGAUCAAUACAGGAGUAAAUCUUUACACAGUGAUGGAAGCUGGGAAUUUCAUCUGUACAGCUUUGAACAAGAAAACAAACUCAAAGGUUGCACAAGCUUCCUUCAAAACUGGAACUAUCAAUUAAAUUAAAUAUUUUUGUAAAUGAAUUUCGUUUGUCAUAUACCUUGACCAAGGACAUUUAUAUGAAGAAACCAAAUUCAAGAAAACCAUUUCAGUAGAGAACCAAAUAGAAGCCAGAUGUAACUUCUUAUUAUGGGAAGGCUUGCUGUACUCUAGUGUCUUGUCAAGCGUUGUCUGAUUUGCAAGUAAGAAAUAAAUGACUGCAGUACAGAACCAUAUGCUUGGUACUUCUACAAAUGAGAAACGGUAUACACACCAGGACACUUUACCAUGUAUUUAAAGUAAACGUAAGUCCUAUUUAGAAAAAUUGGUUAGAAGCAGAGAAUACAUAGUUAAUUUUUAUCAAGAUGACUUUAGAACAGUACAAAUAUUUGCAGUAGUUUAUGAGAUCUCACGUUGUGUGUGGCCUUCUAUUGUGUGUUUUAUUUAUCUGGACCUAUACUUCUCAUUUGUCAAGUCAGUCAUGUUAUGAACCUGGAGCCAAAUCUGAAUUCACCAUAAGAAAUUUUUAGCGAUAGCACUUUUAUAUUUUUAUUUUACUUAACAUCUGUUAAAUAUAUGGAUGACUUUACCUCAUUCCAGGACUUUGUGGUGAAUGGCAGCCUGCCAGAUCUGCCAAAUCUAAUGCAAGUUUCCUUAUUUGUUACAUAUGUUAAAUUUGUUGUAGUUGCUUUUUUCAUCAACUGUGUUAAAACCUAGUUAUAUGAAGCAACUAAAAAUUGGCAAGAUUUUCAGCCAUCAUUCAGCAUGGUAGUAGUAUAGAAUGAACUAGAUUUUUGUCCAAAAUCUUAUCAAAGGUUUUGCCUUUUCAUUUUGUAAUCUAUAAAUUGACCUUCUCACUUCUCAUAAAUUGCGAAUUUUUGAGGAUGGUAAUACUCUCCUGGACUAGCUUAUGCAGAGAGAGGCGCCUCCAGUUUUUCUCUGUGCUCUUGUGGUAGAGAUUUUGUACUUUUAAAUGUUCAGCUGGAUGAUAGUGAAGUGCAUUGUCAUUUGUAGAUCAAUAAUGGACAAAUUCGAAGAAGAGUCUGAUUGUGUUUAUAAACUGUUCAAAUUCUUCAUGAAAAUACUUUCAUUUUUCAGCCUGAAAUAUCAGUACUCUUACUGACUGUUUGUGCAGUAUCCUUUAGUAAUUCUCUGUGUGCUUAAGCUUGAUCUAUAUUCUUCUGAAAAUAAUCUGUUAACAUGGAAAUACAAAAACCCCAGACUAUGAUCUUUUUUAGGAUGCUUCAUUUUCCUCUGAAAUAUGAAAGGCUGGAAAAAGGUAAGAUGAAAGAAAGUGAAAGAUAACCUGUAAAGAAGGAAAAGGAUGAAUCACAGUUGUCUGGAACUCAGCUCUGCCGAGUUACAGCUGAGUCUUAGUUUGGCUUUGAAAUUCCCAAGUGAACCUUUUCUGAGAUCUUUUAGCGAGUAUUGUACCUUAGAAUUGGCACAGCCUAACACAGUCAGACUUGGCAUGCCACAUGACUUAAAGCUAGAAAUUUAAUACAAUCCCUGUUUAUGCUGUGAUGAUGGUGAAAACCAAUAUAAACUAUGUUGUUUCACCCUUCUUGGGGUCACAGUUAAAGAAUGAGCAAAGAAAUCCUGCUUAGGUGAGGCAGGAAGAUCUUGUCUAUCAUUCCCAAAUACUAAAUUGCACCCGUUCUGGUGGCAUGUAGUAAGAAGACUUACAAGGUCUCUUAAAAACAUGGAAACACUAAUUCACUUGAUCUGCUCUGAAUGCAUAGCUAGAUCCCCACAGAAAAUGCUCCACCUUCAUUUUCCCAUGAUUUAACUGCAACUUUGUGAUUUAGCAGUCACUAUGGCCCUUAUAUCAAAUGUGAACUUUAAUAUAACUGGGUCUUGAACCAUCCAUAGACUUGAAAAUUCUGUAAUGUAUUAAAUCUGAUAAAGUAAGGAACCCACAGCAGUACUUAUGCAGUACUUAGUCCAGUAAUUAGUAGUUAAGCCUAACUGAGAUGCCAGACUUGACAUCUAAAGACACCCUAAUUCAAAUGCCAUUUUCCCAUGAAGGUUCCUAACCACACUAUAACGCUUCUGUUUAAUAAUACAAUUUUGUCUUUAGUUUGCAAAGAAUUAGUUCAUUCUGAGCUGAAGCAUUGACUGCACAGGUAAGGCCUGAUGAGAGUUCUUCCAUCCAAAAUACUGUGAGCGUAUUUAACCCAUAUGAGCAAGACUGAGCUUCUCACGCAAUGUUAAGUGAAACUACUUCUUAAAAAAAAGUAAUUUUGGUGCAGCCCAUCUUGUAAAUAUUAGCCUGACUGGUAGACUAAACAAUUGAAGAUCUGAGACCGGCUCACCACUCAGCCUGAAGGGGUUCACAUAUGCAUUUUUUCUUAUCAAAAUUAAUAGAUCUAACCACUAAGCUAUAUACAGAACUGAAAAAAAAAUCUCACUUUUUAGUAAAUCUGGAUGAGGUUGUGCCACUGUGCAGGACAGAAUAAAAAAUUCCUCAGACCAGAAAAAUCAUGAGAAAAAGCAUCUCUGUAACAGAUAAGGGUUUUGUCCUGGAAGAUGGCGGUGAACUGAUUUGAUAUUGUCCACUUUUUUAGUUAGUAUUCUAACUACAACAUCUUCAGUAAAAGCGAACAUUGCACUACCACCCAACUUUUGCUUUGGAAUAAAAGAAUUAAGUCUGCUCAGUUCUUUGAGAGGAAUUCUAGAUGUCUGUGUCUUAAUCUACCAUGAAGGAUUCCUGACUUUGGAUCUAGGAGACCCUUAAACUCUGGAGAAGUUUUCAGAUGUAUCUCUGUGAAUAUUAUAUGAUAGGCUUUUCAGUAUCUGGGCUAUCCAGUUUACCAUUCUAAGGGUAUUGACUCUCCAUAUGCACUGAAACAGGGUGCCUACUUCAUCUUCAGGAUGAACAUCUUAAAAUGCCUCAGUUUUUUAUUGAGUCUAUUCUAGAAACUACUUGGGAGCUUGUGAAGUGACUUAAGUUCAAUUCUAUUAUUCCAUAAUGAUGUGAGCAGUGGAAAAGAUGAGCAGUCACAUCUGGAUCCCAUCCUUUUCCCCUCACAUUCAGCUUCAACCACAUAGCGAGUCACAGUAAUCCAGGGUGGAGGUCACAGAUAGUUUGUCAAGAUCAUUAUAAAGGAGUAAGAAACAUAGAGCUAGAUUCAAAAAAAAUGUUUAUGUGCCAAAAGUGCCACCUGGGAUGCAUUUAGGUCUGCAGGUCCAGGUGAGCACUCCCCACAAAAUCCUUCUUUACUUAUAAUGUGGCUGAGAAUCGUUAGAUGUUUCAUGUUCUCACUACUAAAGUUUGUUAGGCACAUAAAAUUCUACUGCUCUGCCUUCCUGAGGUGAUAUUGUUUUGUCUAUACUGAGUAUUUUAACACCUAAUCUUUGGCUUCACAAAAUAGACAUAUAUUGCCCUUUAACCCAGGGGCUAAUCCGGUAGUUAUGUUGUGAGCAUGCGUUGUACACAUAGGCAGCAGUGAGCUAAGCACAGGUUAAAGCAGUUGAGACUACAUCUGUUCAAAAGCAUGGUCAAAACAAUAAGCGAUAUGAUGGUGCUGCUGCUCUCCAGUGCUUCUGACCAUUGAAAUCUUUAUAUUUAUCUUCAGAGUGACCCACAGUCAGUGAUUCCUGUUCAUUUAGUCCCUAUCAGUGUCCCCCAGUGAGUACAUUGUUAUUACCUCACCCUGAAGGUGAGUUUUAAUUUUCUCUGUUUCCAAAAGACUUCAUCCAGGUGCAUCCAGCUGAAUGUCAUGAUUACACUAUGGGAAUGUGGGGACGUGAUGCCAGCAACUCUCUUUUUGCUGUUGGUCCCAUAGAAAUGAUGAAAAGGGGAUACCAUACACUCCGAGAAUUUGCAGAGAAGAGAAAGAGUAGUUAUCAUUUGCCUUCUGUGAGUCUUUAAUUAGAGAGCAGUGAUUAGAUUCAAGAAGAUAUUUACUUCAGUACUUUGAAGACUGUAGCUCACUGUAUCAAAGUCACUGUAGGGGUCUAACAGAACAGCAUGGAGAUCUUUUUUGCUUAUGCCGUGGCCUUGGAGAAUGUAAACUGGUGUUCCCUGAGCAGACUUUAGUCUGUGCCCUGGUCUGAACCUGUGAAGCAUCCACAACAGUGGACCACUGUCAUGUAAAACUGGAACUUUCUCCAAUAUUUUCACAAUAGUUCUUUCCCACGCUGUUGGCAAUGGUUAGCAGGUCAAAAACUGGCUUCUUUGGCUGGGCAAGAUACUAUAAUUAUAAUUUCCAAAAGGCAUAUGGUUGGUGUGCUUUUUCUGGAGGAAAAGUUGGUAUUCAUAAUGAUGGCAUAAUUGUUCUUCAGUGCCUUUCGCAAGACAGCAGUGACAUGGAUCCUUUACAUAGAUAGCACUAAUGUCUUCCAGCAGCAGCUUGCUUUGUAGUUAAAAUUUUUAUAUUAGGGCAACUUGGCUCUGGACCAUCACUUUAACAUUUCAUUUUCAUGUAUAACCAGGGUUUAUGGGAAUAAGAAGUGAAUAUUCUGGUGUUAUGAAUAAGUCCAGAGAGGCUGUGGCUAAUUUUCCUUUCUUAAUAGCGUGAUUUGAGUUCAUAAAACUUUUAUUAUUGUAACAAGGACUCACUGAGUGAAGACUGCAAAUCUGUGAGGUAAAUUCCUAUGCUUGGGAUCAGUGCUGUUGAAAAGGAGUAACACUUGUCGAAAGAGUGAGUGGGAAUGUGUAAGAUCUGCCUGUUAUUUUCACAGAGUUAUUUUUAAGGGGCAGAAAUAUUGUUUGCUUACUAUGUAAAAUAUCUGAAAAUGAGGAUUCUCAGCCACUCGAUUUUUGCAAGAUUUUUCAAACUGCCUUAAGUUCUCUUUAAAAAAAAAUUGUAUUUGUCUUAUUCAUAUAACAAUAUCAGAAUAAUUAAUUUAUGUUGGGGUAGGUACCUGAAACAUCUAGAGAACUGAAUAAAUAGAAAAAUCAGUCUGGAGAACUGACUGAAAGACACUUGCUUUCCAGUUCUUGACUUGCUGAUAGAUGCUUUUCUUUUGUCAUGUUGUAUUUCUGAAGAUUGUUUUUCUCUGCAGUCCUCCUCUAGUGUAGUGUUCGUCUUCAUUGCUACAAUAUCACAGCUGGCAGAAGGACUAAAGCCAAAAUCAACUUAGUCCUUCGAAUCAGAUGUCAAAUGAUAUAUUUGUUAAGAAAUUGUCAUCUACCCUCUUGGUUAAAUACAUUUGUGAUUUGCAAUGUGUGAUGUUAAAGACGAAAUAAAAUGUAUCUCAGUGUUUAUUGAAAUUGAUAUGCUCCUGUAAUACACCAGAUUCAGCAGCUCUGACUAACCAGCUCACACAAAUGGCAUUAGUAAAUAUAAGCUGUCACUCUGACCUGUACGCCUGUGUUGACUUUGUUACCUUGUAAUCCAUU